GCUGACAUGGCUGAAAUUGAGGAACCUUCACAUUCAAAUGGAAAGAGCCAGUAUUCAGAAUCCAUAGUCUUAAAUCAGGAUUUUGCUGAUCUUACAGAACUUGAGACAGAGCUUCAUUACCCAACUCACAAACAAUCAGAUGUAAAUACAGAACCAGCAUUUUUAAUAAAUGUAGAAUCCUCACCAAUACUUCCAAAACCAAAACAAAUUCAACAACCAGGAAACCACCAGGCAAAGCUCAGAGAGAGACUUUAUGAUAAACCUGAAAAUUCUGGUGUCAUGCAGUAUGUAAGAAUGCAAGCAUUAAGAAAAAGACCUUUUUCUGGGGUAAGAAAACAUCAUGCAAUUGUAUUUGCUUUUUAAAAUACAGCUGAUACACAGGCAGGACACCCAAAAUAAUGUUAUGGCCUCUCUGAUAUAAUAGAAAAUAAAUUUAGAAACCUUAAAUUUAACUAACCACCAUGGAUAUACUUAUAACUUUAAUGUAAUAAAUAUACAAUUCAAUAAACAAAAUAUUAUAUUUUCUACAAGUAUUUAUUGAUCUAACAUUUGCUUGAAGCAACUUAUAAUUUUUUUAAUCUGAAAAACAUCUUAGAUGCAGGCUGUAAACAAAUAACUUGAUUAUGUCAUAGGUUGACGUACAAGGACAAACAAAACAAAGCACUAUUUUGGAGCCUUUAAGCACAACACUUCCAAAAAGAAAUGUUAUCUCUUCAUAUGACCAAAUAAAACCAUCUCAUGGGCUGACCAGCAAAGAAAAAUAUGUUCUUCAAAGCAUGUAA